UACGUUUUGACAGAGUAUUGGUCACCAUGAGCAGUCUGCUGUAGCUCUAGCAUCUCGUCGUCGUCAGUUGCUGUUGCUGCGGAGCCAUGCUGUUCCUGACACUCAGCACCUUCCUCCUCUAUAGCGUGCAGUGGAUCAGCCAAACAAUACGCUACCAGCGCUACGCGCGCGUCAUGCAGCGUGUAUUGCGCGGGGCCAGUGUGCUGGUGCAACGCGCCGCAGCUGCCCGCACGGGGUACCUGAUCUCCACCUCGCUGCUCAAGGAUGCGGCCGCUGUGACGGAGAGGACUGAGAUGGAAGACGAUUUCAUUCGCCUGUCCAGUCUGGGGCCUGUGCAAGAGGUUGACCUCAGCUCCUGGACCUCUUACCUGGACGCUCCCUCGCGCUGCGCCAAACCCAAGGACGUCUGCGUCAUGAUGGAGGCCCGGCGACCGCGGAACCUCGACUCCUUCGCCAAACUCGAACAGAAGGUGGCCCCGGCAUACCGUGUGCAUGCCCUGGCCCAUGCUAGCCCCAUGGCCUGGAAGACUGCCGAGCCUUUCGGCAUCAUCCUCCACUGCAGCCUGCCCAACCUGGUCAUCCUCACAGACGCCUUCGGACAGGGACGACUCACGCUGGACGAGGAUCUCGAGCUUAUCGGCCUCGUCACGGUCAAGACAGUCGGAUGUGCCCAGAACCUGGUGUCACCCAUGGGGUCCUGUCUGCCCCUUGCUGAUGUCACAGGUCACGACGAAGGUCAAGGUGUUGCCUCAAAGUCGCCGAAGGGAGAUGUUACUGGAGGGGUCGCAGGUCAAGGUCAAGGUGAUGAAGUACCCUCCACGAGAGCGAGGCCGCUGCAGCCCUCCGACAGGGAGACAACUACACAGCUCCAUCCUGUUUCGACUUCUACGCCAGAGGACAAGUUGAUAAACGGGGCAUCUUCCAUUGCCUCGGAGAAAGAGACUGCAUCAAAUGGAUCCAGCAAACAAUUAGAAAUUGGAAAGAUCAGUGAAAUGAUAAAGCAGAAGUUUUCCCUUUCUGCCUCAGAAGCCCAACCAGCUCCGUCGUCAUCAAGGUCUGGAGCUAGCGGUAACCAUGACGACAAAGCCUCCAGGGGCGGGAGCGACCAGCCUCGUGCGUCGUCCAAACCGCCCAACAUUCUGGUGUACUGUGGGGUCAAGGACACGGCCCGGAGGUUCCAGCAGGUCAAGUUGAGUCUGGAGGCGUGUGUGAACACGGAGGCUUACACCAUCUACCACCUGACCCAUGAGUCUCUCCUCGCCGACCCGUGGCGCGACAACGCCGCUUUGUUGGUCGUUUCCUUUUGUCCUCAGCUGAGCAGCGAGGUUGAGGAGGUGGUGGCCGACUACAUUCGCUCAGCCGGGGGGAACGUCCUCAGCUUCAGCAGCUCUCUCGACUCGCUGUUCGCUCACCGUGAGGAAUUGGAGAAAGUGGCCGGUGAGGGGCUGGUCACUCUCAGACUCGACGACACUUCGCAGACGGUCACUUCAGUCCGCGGCUGCUACUGUUACAGUAAUCUCGCCAGCGGCUCGGAAGUGUUGGUGCCCUAUGAAGGGGGUGGGGUGACGUCGGAGGAGGGUUCUUCAGCAGGGUCGGAGGUCGUGUCGGGGCCGGUCAUCUCACUGACGGGUCUGCUGCAGAAAGACGAUGACAAGAAAGAAGACGAUGACCGCAGCGGCAAGUGCGCACAGGCGGUUGUGGUCAAGACACGCAGCGACAGCGGGGGCGUCGUCGUUAUGUCUCAGUUGUUGGUGGAGAGAGACCCCACAGAGUACGCCUCUGACCCAGAAUCCUUCGCCGCCCUGAAGCGCUCCAACACGGAGCGUCUCGCCAUCUUGACACGCCUGUUGUCUGCCCUUGACAUCGACACGGGCGCCGGACCUGUGCCCAGCCUCACUUCCUGUUACAUGCUAGCGCAACGCCUGGGUCUCCGAGAACUUUUCCAGGGCCUGUACCAGAACCGGCUGACCACAGAGGGCGUGCUCAAAUCAAGGUCACUGUCGCUCAAGUUUGUGAACGGCCAGGACAAAACGCUGGCCAGUACGAGCCUGUUGCCGGUGGUGACAGACGCCGACUCCAAAGUGGACACGGCUUUCUUCGACAUGCAGACGUACUGGCGGCACCUGGGCACGUCCUGGAUGGGUCAGAUCGUGUUCUACACAGACGUCAUCACCUCUACCAUGACCGUGUUUGACGGUUUGCUGUUUUCCAUCCCGAAGGACGUGGGCGUCAUCGCGAUUGCUGGUCGGCAGACCAGUGGGCGAGGUCGGGGCGGCAACGCGUGGCUGAGCCCCACCGGCUGUGCCAUGUUCACGCUGCCGGUCAGGCUUGACCUCCUGUCAGAACUGGGUCAGCGUGUGUCCUUCCUGCAACACCUGGUGGCUGUGGCCGUGAUCCGUAGCGUGUUGGAGACGCCCGGGUAUCAGCACCUGGAGCUGAAGCUGAAGUGGCCCAACGACAUCUACUACGGGCGAGAGAUGAAGCUGGGCGGGGUCCUGGUCACCUCCACCGCCAUGAACUCUGUCGUGUACGCCACCAUCGGCUGUGGCUUCAACGUCUCCAACAGUAACCCGACCAUCUGCCUCAAUGACAUCAUCCGACAGUACAACAUGGCGCACCCAGGCGAGCCCGACCUUGAGCCCAUGACCUCGGCGCAGGUGAUCGCGGGCACCAUGACGGUGUUGGAGCGUCUGCUGACCCAGUUUGAGCGCGAGGGCUAUGAGCGGUUUAAUCAGCUGUAUUACAGCCACUGGCUACAUGGUUACAAGACCAG